GUAAUGUUAUGUCCAGAGGUAUGGAAAUUUUCAACCCACAAAAAAGAUGCGUCCUUUCAAAUUGGAAAUUAUGAUGCCAAAGCAAAGAAAUCGAUUGAUAGAACCAUUCAAAAUAAUUCCUUCAAUCAAAUGUGCUCAUAAUGCGUCUUUUCUUUGUUUAAAAACACUUGCUUCUUCGACUUCGGUUGUGAAACUAAACAUUUCCCUUAGUUUAAUAUACACAGUAUUAGAUUUUAAGUUUCCAUAAUAUUACCAAGAUGCGAAACACUACCAGAGCCUGUAGAAGAGCUUAUUAAAACUGCCGAUUUCUAUUUGAUAAAAGAUCUUCGUCUUUCCGAGCUUGUCCGUAAAGACUUUAUAGAAGCUUUUAUAAAAAGAGAUUGACCGGUGUCUCGUUGGAUACUGGAAUUUCGAAUGAUUUUGAAAACAAGUUCUAUAUAACUCCAGAUGGUAAAUUAAGAAUCCUAAUUUGCAAAGAUCUGUAUCAAAUUCUAGGCCUAGAAGGGCGUGCAGUUGGACAAACAAAGGACCGUUUUGAUUCUUAUCGUAAAUUUCAAUCUUCAAAAGCCCACAAAUGCCAAAAUACAAACAACCACUACUCUUGGAAGAUCUGGCAUUGAAAGCCUCUGUGGUGUGGCUGAGUAAUUUUGGAAAACAAUUCAUGAAAGACAUUCGAAUACUUUCGAAGCAUGAUGCUAACGAAGCCACGGAAAUUUUAAAACAUUUCCUCAAAACAGCUCAUGACAUAUUCGAGUUUAAUGUGCCUCAUUACCUCUUCGAUCGCAUUGGCCAAGAAGUGUUUAAAACAACACCAAAACUGAUUGACGAUGCCAAAAGCGUUUUGAGAGCCUCAUCAACCAUAAGUGAAUACCUCAGUCAAGUUAAUGUAGCUGUUGGAUUGGGAGAAGUAUUAAUUUCGCCAUAUCUGCGUCACUUGGAUUUUCUGGAAGUUCCCAAAAUGAUGCGGCAUAUGUUUUACACAAAGCUCUCCAAUUUGCCUGGCAUAGAGUAUUUGAAUUUGAGUUCAAUGUCCGGUGGAUGGAAGACUUCUCAAAUGGAACCCAUUGUAAUGAACGGGCUAGCAAACAUGAGAAAUUUAAGAACUUUGGUCCUUAACUACGACUGCACAGACACAAUACUCGAGCUUUUGGAAACAGCCUGUCCCGCUUUGCAUACAUUAGACGUAUGCUCGUCCAAGUCAAUCACCAACAAUAGUGUCAAGUAUCUUGGCAAUUUGAAUAGCUUGCGAGUUGUGCACCUGUACAGUACUUCUGUCAACCUUGAAGGAUACACCCGGCUGUUUAUAAAAAUGCCAUUUCUGCAGGAUGUCGGAAGAUUCGAUGACAUUGGGCGUUGUUUGGAGUAUGUUUAUAUGACUUACCAAAGCUACGAACCCAGCGAACGCCCAAAAUUACAGCUAAGAGUUUUUUCAAGCCGCUUCGUCGUUACAAAGCACUUGCAGAUACUUGCUGAACUCUGUCCGGAAAUCACAAAUGUUCUCCUAUUUCAUAAUCCUCUGCUAAACGAUCUCAUGGCAUUAAUAGCCAUCAACAAAUUAUCUGUGCUUAAACUGCUGUCAUGUGAUUUUUUUGGCGAUCAAGUGCGAGACGUUCUGCAGGUGAAAGGUUGUAAUCUCACUCAUUUACACUUGGAACACGUCGAUCAAAUCGACAUGAACGCAUUAAUCUACAUAAGUCAAUAUUGUCCAGACCUGAAGAUUCUCACCUUCUACUAUUGCGAGUUUAUUGAAAGUACAUCGUUAUAUAUGCGAAAAUUAGAAAUACCGCCUUUUAUGAAUUUGGAAAAACUAACAAUUACCUCUGCUUGUUAUGAACAGCACAUGGAAUUCCUUAUGGAUAGUUGCUUUAAAAUAAAAACCAUACAUAUUGGGACGAUGGCUUCGACAAGUGAUGGUCUAAUCGAUAGAAUUCUCAGUAAAAAUCCAAUGCAAAAUUUAGAUUCACUUAAUAUUGCCUUUUCCAAUGGUCUGUCAAUACGAAGUGCUUAUAAACUGGUAGAAGUCUGUCCUAAUCUGAGAAUGCUUGGUGAAUUGGGUAGCUGGUCAAUGAUCAAUGAAUUCGAAUUGGAAUGCUUUAAAAUGUUCAUCUCGACAAGAAACUUCGAUUUAGAUAUCCAGACUUUUGCUAAAUAUAGCGCCGAACCGCAGAACUCUGCUGUGUGAUUUAUUUUAUUUAUAUGCUAAAGUUUGUGUUUAAUUUAUGUGUUGAAAGUAAUAAAAAGAAAAAGAUAAUGAAGAAAAAGUCAUACA